CCCAGGGAAAUAUACCUUGUACUUGAUACCAUUCGAUACUUACAUAUCUCUCUUUCUCGAUGUACUCAGAUUGAUAAUAGAUUACCUACCUCCUAGGUAGGUAGCUACCUAAGGUAAGCAAGUGAGUAUAUGUUAUAUGUGAGUAGAAAUCCAAGCUGAAAACGCGUCUGAAUAUCCACCUAGGGAAUGAGGCCUAUAUGUAAUGCCUCUUCACGUGGGUAAAUUGGUAACCCCACACGACUUGUAUCUCAUGAAGUAAUAAUAGCGCGAACAAGUACACACACUUCUACCUAUAUAGGUAGAUGGCUAGGAACCAACAACGCACCUAAGAUCUUAAGAAUUGAUGCCUUAAGUGGCCUCUUAAGAUGUAUGGCGAAGUAACGAGGGGCCAAAUAUCAACCAACACUCAAGCUAAAAAGUAGGGAAAAGCAUACCUGAGAUGAAUCUCUGCUACAUAUGUUCCUAUUCUUGUCGUUCUCGCAAUGUAAACCCUGCUUGUUCAAUAUUCUUCAUUCUAAUGUUUGGUUCAUCGAGAGGCUAGUCUAUCCUAUUCAUUAUUCACAAACAGUUCAUAGAUACCUAGGUAGUAUCAAGGCCUGGUGGCUCAUAAGCCGACCCAACCUGGAGCCUCACAGAUAUGAAUGACUUGCAGAUCAAGCACAAGCCAUCCGAAUCGCCACUUUUGCGUUUUCCCUGCGAGCUUGUUGUGCAUACCGCGUCAUACCUGUCCGCUGACGACUUGUUCAGCCUACGUCUGACGUGCCGUUGCGUCGAGUCGUUCUUAUUCGAAACCUUCUCGGUUGAAUUCUUUUCCGAUAGACGUUUUAUGGUCAAUGAAUAUAGCCUGCAAUGUCUGCUGAAUAUAUCGAAGCAUCCUUAUCUGUCAAAGCGCUUGUCAAAUCUAACUAUUGGGCUUGAUCGAUUGUAUAGCAGCGAGGCCUUGUCAAGACCUGAGGAUAGAGUCGUGAAUACUGAUAAUCCCCGGGUCAAGGAAGGAAUCGAACCUUACAAGCUCGAGGAACUUGCGGCAGAACAGAACUGGCUAGUUAGCAGCGGACGGCUACAGCUACUACUAGGCGAAGCUCUUGACAAUUUGGCAAAUGUGGUGGAACUUAGCUUGCGGGAUACCAACGCCGGUAGACGGCACUGUCGUCCUGGAUUACGCGAGCAACUUGUCAGCUACGGAUCUGCCGAAGUCCACCGACGCACGGGCGUAGAUUUGCUUAGCAAUGGGCUGCAUCUUCACUCACAAGAUCAGUUUGCCGACAUGGUAUUCUCAGCUACUUUAUUGGCUGUUGCGAGGAGCGGGAAGCGACCCGAAACCAUUAAUGUGAUCAUACAGAGAAAUGAUAUGGGGCUAUCUAGCUCGGCUUUUAUGUUCCCAAGAUCUCUUUUAAGCACCUUAAGACCUGCUUUAGAAAAUCUACGAUCUCUCAACCUCUCCGUGAGCUUCACUUACAUACCACUGGGCAGCUUUGCGCAAGGAUCUCGGGGCUUCCUGCCGUGGCAACCACACUACCUGUUCUCGCUGCUUGAGGAGACACCCAACCUAGUCAGGCUUAGGGUGGUCUCCAAGGGACAAAGCUUCCUGCCGGGUGGUGAAAUACAACGGCUUGCUUGGCUAAUAGACUCCUCAUCCGGGAAGCAAGCUGAGAAGCCUGCAGGGACGCAUAUAUACGGUGACCUGCCCCCAAGCCUUGGUCGUAUAAACCUCUCUCAAGGGUUCAAAGCCUUAAAGGACCUGGAACUGAAAAAUAUGAUUGCGCCAAGUAAUUCGCUCACUAAGAUUAUCCUACACCUUUCUGCUUCCCUACGGAAACUAUGCUUGUGCGUAAUAGGAGUGAAGGUAUCCCCAGAAGACGACGAACUUGAUAAUGACCCUGGUUGUCCUAAUGCCUGGUCUUCCAUAUUCCGAGAGAUGUCUACAUAUUCCAGCUUGGAGAAUCUGCAGGUUGGCUUUCUGGGUCAUCAAACUGAGAACUGUACGAGAAACGAGAAUAUACACCAGGUUGUUUUCCUGAGGUCGGAAAUUGGUACGCAAUCAGCUUCUCAUAGUGGACUUUUCGAGACUUGGUCAUACUCGGGCAGUACCACGUCUAUGAAGAGUUUCUUGCUAGAGCUUGCAGACAAGACAAUUAUCAUAUGUACAAGGUGCAGACAGAGAAAUCAGAGAUAUCGUUCUCCCGAAGAAGUUUUUGGGAGGUAAUUGAGAAAAGGAUGACAUGAACAGUCCUCCCUA